GAUAGCAAAAUUUUUCAACAGAAUCUUGAUUCGGUUCUAUUUUUGUUAUAAAUUUCUAAAAUAAUGGGCAAAUUAUUUAUUGCAGUAAGAAUAAAGUCGUAAUAAAUAAUUCAGAUAUUGUUAUUCUAACACUUGCGGUAUAACAGUAUGGAGUUCUUUUCGGAAAUAAUAGGCGAAACUGUUAUCUUGGGAAUAGACUCCCUUAUUUUAGGAUUUUGCCUAAAACAACUCAGCAAAUGCAAACAUAUAUUAAAUACUUUACAGACUGCACCAGUACUAGAUAUAGACUCCACACUUAAUAAGGAGAUCAAUAAAUACCCAAAUAACACAAUACCAUUUGUGGUAAUCCGAGGACUUGUUAAACCACUUGGCAACCCCAUUACCAGCAAUUACAACAACUCCGUCACUGGAGUCAUACAGAGGCUAACAAUCAAAGAACAUGUGAUAGCAAGAACAUCUGCCGGGUUUUGGUCAGAUCAAACUCGGACCAUUCACGAAGUGUGCAACUCCACACCAUUCGUCCUUAACAAUGGAAAGUACAAUAUUGAAGUUGUGGAUGCACUGGCCGCAGAACUUCUUGACAUGGACGUCAUUUCCGAUAAGUUUGAACCUAUGUCCCCCGGAGUUAUUGACCACGUGUGGGGCUUUUUCUCCGGAGUUCGACAGCGCGGCCUACAAACUAUGGAGGAAAUGCUCCGGGAUGGUUCCUAUAUCACAGCAAUUGGCGAGCUGAGUAGAAGUAACACCGGGGCACUAAAGAUUCAGCCGCCUAAAGAUGGCCUACCGUUGUACUUGACAACUGCCACUAAGUCCAGUAUUUUGAAGAGGCUAGCAAGUUCUAGAGAUUUCUUAAGAGUAUUAUUAGUGGUAUUCGGUUCUGUAGCCGCAGCGGCAUCCUGUCGCAUUGUAUACAAGUAUAUAAAGCGGAGACGCCGACGCGAGGUCGAAGAGAACAUGAAGAAACAGCUGGCGGUGGGGCGCCGAGAGAGGCGCGCGCAUGCGCGGGAGAAGAACCUCAGCGAGGUUCAGCUUUGUGUAGUCUGUGCUGAAAAUCCUAAAGAGAUAAUAUUGAUGCCUUGUGGUCACGUGUGUGUUUGUGAAGAUUGCUCUGAUCAUAUCACAGACAACUGCCCCAUCUGUCGAGAGAAAAUAGAGUCCAGAGCGCCCGCCUUUAUAACGUAAAGAUAUUCUAUGU